AUGAAGAGAAGUAAAGAAUUGAUAACUAAAAAUCAUAAUCAAGAAGGAAUAAGUAUCCUUCGUUGUUGGAAAUGUAGAAAAUGUAUAGGAAGUUCUGGUUGUUUCAUGAAAUAUCUUGAGAAUCAAGUGAUUAAGGAUAGACAUGAUUCAGCUGAUGAUCAAAAUAUUUGUCAUGUGUGGCACAUAAAUGUAGAAGCUCUUCCAGAAUGGAUAAACUGCCUAAUACAAAAAGCCCAGUGGACAGUUGGAAAACUGAAUUGCCCUUUCUGUGGGGCCCGUUUAGGGGGCUUUAAUUUUGUCAGCACUCCAAAAUGUUCCUGUGGCCAGCUUGCAGCUGUACAUCUCUCCAAGAGCCGGACCGAUUAUCAGCCCACGUGGGCAGGCCAACUAAUGAGACCAUCGCUGAAAUACUUGUCACAUCCUAGAGUUCAGUCAGGUUGUGACAAGGAAACUCUGCUGACAGGUGGCGCCUCCAAAAACAGAAAUCACGGGCUUUUAAACAUGGCCCAAAGUAAUAAUGGUCCUGGAAGAUUAACAGAAGCACUCUGCCUAGAGGCACCAUCAACGUAUUUUGAGAUGAAGAACGAAAAACUGCUCUUCAAAGCGUCAGAUCCAAAAUACCAGCUUUUUGUUCCACAGCUUGUGACUGGCAGAUGCACUACGAGAGCUUUUCAUAGAAAAUCACAUAGUUUGGAUCUGAACAUCAAUGAGAAACUGACUUUAUUACCCUCCUUAUAUGGAAUACAUAGUAAGACUACUGCCUGUUCCAGGCUAAAUGAAACACAGCCUACUGACCUUUCAGGCUUGCCUUUAGAAUCUAGCAAAAAUAACUGUUCCUUUCAAAUUUCAUCCAGUUUUGAUCCUAAUAUGCUGCUGCAAAGAUUUUCAGUGGCUCCCCGUGAGACCCAGACACAAAGAGGAGGAGAAUUUCAGUGUGGUCUAGAAGCUUCUGCAGUGUACUCUGACCAUGCUAGUUCCAACAGCCUGACUUUCCUGAUGGACCUGCCCUCAGCUGGCAGGAGCAUGCUGGAGGCCCCAGAGCAGGAAGAGCACCUCUCUCCUCUGGACUUCCUGCAUUCGGGCAAUUUUUCUUUGGGUGCCAUUAAUCAGAGGCUCAGUAAGAGAGAAAGGAGCAAGCUGAAGAAUCUGAGGCUGAAACAACGAAGGCAUGAGAGAUGGCUGCAGAAGCAGACUUUGAAUAAUGAGAUGAGCACAGAUGAUGACAAUGAAUAUGCAGAGGAAAAGGAAGGCUACAUCUGUGCAGUGUGUCUGGAUGUUUAUUUCAACCCCUACAUGUGUUACCCUUGCCACCACAUCUUCUGUGAACCCUGCUUACGGACUCUUGCCAAAGACAAUCCUGCAAACACUCCCUGCCCAUUGUGUCGGACAAUUAUUUCCAGAGUCUUUCUCCAGACAGAACUAAACAAUGCCACAAAGACAUUCUUUACUGAAGAAUAUUUGAAAAUAAAACAAAGCUUUCAGAAAUCCAGCUCUGCAAAGUGGCCGCUACCAAGCUGCAGAAAAGCAUUCCGUCUUUUUGGAGGUUUCCACAGACAUGCAGCUCCAGUUACAAGAAGGCAGUUUCCACAUGGCGCACAUAGGAUGGAUUAUCUGCACUUUGAGGAUGACAGCCGUGGAUGGUGGUUCGACAUGGAUAUGGUGAUCAUCUACAUUUAUUCUGUGAACUGGGUCAUUGGAUUCAUUGUUUUCUGCUUUCUUUGCUAUUUUUUCUUUCCGUUUUAGGAAUUUUCAUACCUUACUACAACUGAACAAUCAAAUGAUGUAGAGAACAAUUACUUAAACAUUUUUAAAUGUGCUUUGAAGUUUUUAUAAUGUUGCAUUAUAUAAACUGUUGGUGUUUAUAGAAAGUCUGAGAAUAAUGGACUUAUUUAUUAAUGUUUUUCAUGUAACAAACUAAACUUUAUUCAAGAGCUAAUCUGUCUAGGACUUAGCAACAAUGCACUAUUAAUUUCAUAGUUCUUGGUUUGUGAUUUUUGGCUAAUUUUACAAUGUCAGUUUUACAUUUAUCUUGAUUGUAAAGACUGUGAUUUUUCCCUCCACUUAAAAAUGAAAUGAUAAUCUGAGUAGUUAGUAUCCUUAAUGAUAAAAUAUUUAGUCAAUCAUCACAUAUUCCCAGGCCGAUUAUAUGCUUUAAUGAUAACCAUAUUCUCUGGGAACCAGUCUAGCAGGGUAUAUUCAGUUUUGGUGUCCAAUUAUCUCUACUUACGUCCCUUUCUAGUACCAAUAAACUUGACUAUCCUUUUUAUUUUCUUUUUUAACAGACCUAAUAGUAGCAUUAGUGCAAAAUUUUAAAUUAUUACAAGAACAGAAGAGUAGACACAAAAGAACAAAACAGACUAAUUCCCACCAAAAGACACUUAGAAAAAUAUAUUAAUUUUCAAAUCACAAGAUUACUCACCUGAAUAAAUAAAAAGUUUACUUUCAGUGGCCUAAAAGAGCAAUGCAUGUCAUGUCCAAAAUUAACUGAUUUAGUGAUUCUUCUACCUUGGAGGUUGUCAAGUAUAUUGUAAAUGUGCAAUAGAGAGGGUGGCUUUUAAAUUUUUUCAUUGUUAUUAACUAAUUUAAUGUCUAGAAUAAAGAAUUGUUGGAAACAGGUUUAUGGAUUUAUAGGAAAAACCUGGUAUUUAUAUUUAUUAUUACAGUAAUCUUUAGAAUUAGUUUGCCCUUAUUUUUUUUUUUUUAGAGAUCUGAAUUAUCCCAGUACAAAAAGGAAUUGAGGCAGGCAUUCCAAUUUUCAGAGUGAGAAAACUAAAGCACAGAGAAGUGAGCUUAUUUGUUUCACUCAGAUGGUCUCUGAGUAAUGUAAGAUGAAAGUUUUGAUUAUCAACUACUAACUCAAUAUUCCUACACUAUCAUGUCAUAAGUCUGAUAACAUAUUAUGCAUUUUUUUACAUAAGGUAGGUGAACCUCUCAUGGUACUAAAAAUAUAACCACCAUCCAAACAAAUUGGGAUUGAUCAGGCCUCAACAGUUCAGUCUAUGAAAAAUCCAGAUUUGUCCUAGUUACUACUGACUAUAUUUGAAUAAAACCUUUUCACUGACAGUA